UCGCCCAGCAUCCAGGGCAACACCUUGAUCCAGGAAAACCUCUACGACCCUGAACGGCGUGGAGAUGGCCAACCUCACAAGCUUUGAGGAUAAAAUCUAAAGUCGCUUCUGCGACCCUCCCCGCCACAUAGGAUCGCUGGAGGUGUGUUCUUUCGCCACUCCGCACCUUUAGUAGAACCCACAAACUAUUUGUGGGGGCGACGUUGGUGACAUGGAUUCGUUGUGCAGCCGGAUAUUUGCGAGCACAGCAACGUGAGGCUUCAGGAGCAGGACGUUGAGGCCGCGAGACCAUCUCCACCUCUGUGGUAAGGUGGAGGAAGAGAAGCAGCGAGGCGGCCACCCCGCCGGCGAGGGCCGACUUUGUUCAGCCGCUGUCGCAGCGCUACGCGCACCUUAUCUUGCCCUGUCCGCCCUCGCAGCGCACCGGAACGGCAGCCGGAUCGAGGAUUUUGCAGUGUCCGCAGGAGUUGAGGAGAGAAUUGGGAGGACCGGAGCUAGAGCGAUGGCGACCCAAGUGUCGUCGUUCUCGGUGGUGUCCACGGGCGGGAGGGUGGGAGCUGCAUGGGCGGGCGGAAGCAGAAGCCAAAGAGGGGGCACGUCCGUGAGGAAGCGGGUGGCUGUCUGUGGACUGAAUGUACAUGUGACGAAAGCGGCGGGUCUGACGAGAAGUGGCGGGCGAGGGGUUUCGCCGGCGGCGAGGCGGUCGCGGGUCGCGGUUCGAGCUGGUGAAUCCGGGGAAGCCGAAUCCAGUUCGUCGCAAUCGAACGAGUCGACAACAAGGUCAUUGGCAGAUCGAGAGGUGUCGAUUCCCCGGAGGCGAAUGUUGUGCGCAUGCGGCUUCGGGUUGGCUGCACUAGCAAGGCGCGAAGUAACAGGGGACGAAGCGGAAGCUGCAGAGAAGGAGGGUGUUCCAGCUGCUCCUUGCAAGAAUUGUCAGGGGCAAGGCGCGGUUCCUUGCGAUAUGUGCGGCGGAACGGGAAAAUGGAAGGCGCUCAACCGGAAGCGGCCCAAGGACGUGUACGAGUACACAGAGUGCCCCAAUUGCUACGGGAGGGGGAAGUUGGUGUGCCCCGUAUGCUUAGGAACCGGAUCGGCCAACAACAAGGGGUUGCUGCGAAGGCCAGAAUCGAAAGCUCUGUUGGACCAAAUGUACCACGGCCGAAUUCUGCCGAAAAUGUAACGUAGGAGGAGAGCGUGAGGUGAGAGGAUGCUGGGACUCGGCGUACGCGGUGAGUUGGAGAGGUGAAAAUGGGUGCUCGGGGACCUCCCUCGCGACGCGCGGUGUCGAUUCGGUUUUGGGGUAGCGGGAGACACAUCCGGGAGGGAGUGUGUGCACGGGAGGCAGCAGUGCGGAGGAGCAGAAGUGUCGAGCAGGCACGGUCUUUAGAUAAGAGAAAGGCCGGACGAGGAGCUGUGUUCAGUAAAUCACGCAUGUUGGUUCAAAGAAUGCGCGGAUUAUAUUUUGACGUAUUGCGAGUCUAUGUGAUGGAAAGAAGAGCAAGUAGACGGUGACAUUGUGCGUGAAGAUGAGGGACGGUUCAGCAUCAAAUCCAAAGGGAAAGAUGGGAGGAAGUUGUGGUGUUUGUGUGUAUUCAGCAGAUGCAUAGGGUUCCCAAAUCCAGUGUUGAUCUUGGAAGAUAUACGGAGUUGCAAAAGGAACAUUGCGUGAUGGUCCAACAGUAGACGAUUGUUAAAAAGGAUGGAAUUUAUUUAUGUCACACCAUAUGUGACAAUGGAAGUUGUUGUAGGCCAUGUUAUUUAUGUAAUCCUAUGUGGAGAUUUUUGGUUUGUAAACGUUGAAGCUUCUACUCCUUUAGAGACUAAUUCAAGCUUUGAAGAAAUGUGUUAGUGUGAAAAGUGUAGGGAAUAUGUUUUCAUAUAAUAUGAAAUCAUUGAAUAUUGAUUGUUCAA